AGUGUCGGCGGCGGCGAUUAUUUUCUCUGAUGAUGAAAUUUCGCCAUCCGCCAUUGCCAUUGCUGCAUUGCUCCGCAAAAGUAUAAAAGACAUGGACGGAAGAGUAGCUAGGCAUUAGUCGACACACUCUGCAAACAACAUGAAUCGCACUGCCCUGUUGAGUCUCUGUGUCCUGCUGGCCGUUGUGGCCGCGUUCGUCGUCGAGGCCGCACCCCAACGUGGGAGACCUCAACUGGGCGGCAUCUUUGGCGGAGGCUAUGGCCAACAAUACGGUGGGUAUGGUAAUCAAGGAUACGGAGGCUACGGAAAUCAAGGAUAUUACAAUCAAGGAUACGGCGGGGGUUACGGCGGUGGUUACAGCGGUGAAUACAGCGGUGAAUCUCGCGAAAGAUAUUAAUUUUUCGAUUUUUGACACGAUUCCCAUUUAAUUGUUUGAUCCGCAUCUCAGUCAGACAAAUGGCUAUUGAAAUAUUUUCGUGUCUGCUAUUGUUAUCAAAUAUGUUUUUUAAAUCAUUUGAAAAAUAAACC